AUGGCAGUAGAAGGGGAACAUCAACUUCAGGUUAACGGACAUGUAAAGCAGGCUAAAGAAUCAGCCAACUCCAUACAAUCCAAAGAGCUGAGCAAAAAGAAACGCAAGAAAUUCUUAAUUUUUGUUGCACUCUCUACUUUGUUUCAAAUUGCAAUCACUCUCUUCUCUUCAUUGUACAUAAUGAAAGUCAGAACUCCUAAGUUUCACGUCCAGUCCGCUACCUUUGAUGUGUUGUCCAAAACUGCAGAAAACUCUUCAUUCAACAUUACAAUGAAUGCUGAAUUUGGUGUCAAGAACACCAAUUUUGGACCUUACAAGUACAGAGACAACACUGUUUAUUUUUUCUAUAAUGGUGCGAUUAUUGGAGAAGCCUUUGUUUCCCAUGGCAAAGCUAGUUUUCUAUAA